AUGGCGGCGGCAGGCGGCGCUCCGGGCCGGAGCGGGGCGGGGCGGGGGCCUGGCCCGGCCGGCGGCCUGCCCGCAGCGGGCGGGGACGGGCGGCGCCCGGCGGAGGCGGUCCCCGGGCUGGGUCUCCGCACCGCACCGCUGCGGGACGCCGCCGGCCGGCUCCUGCGGCGCUGCCGUGCCGAGCGGGCCGCGGGGCGAGCGGCCGCUCAGCUCAGCUGCCGGGCCGGGGACGCUUCCUCUGAUUAUUUGGCCUACAGCCACCUUUUGUCAUACUCUGACGCGAACAUCUACAUGAUGGCGGAACCGCUUGACAUGAAGAACAAAGGAAGUUCCAUGGAAGGCAUAACUGGUAGAGGGAAUUCGCUGUUGAGAGCUGCAACUGAUAAAGGAAAUAUGGUGAUGCAUUCUGAUUCGAUUCAUGAGAAGCCAAAGAAAUUGCAGUAUUCCUCUGAAAAUGUUUUCUCUAUUGGCUAUGAUAAGAGUCUCUUUAGUUCAUUAAUACCACCCCCUCCAGUAAGGACUUGCCAUCAUUGUGGUCUGUUUGGAUCCCUCAGAUGUUCACAAUGCAAGCAAAUAUACUAUUGCUCUUCGGAUUGUCAGAAGAAAGAUUGGCCAGCACAUAGUGUUGUAUGUGAGCCAAUUAAACAGAAUGUAAGUAAUAAAAAUGGAGGCAAGUUACCUGCUAAAACAGAGAAGGGAGUUUAUCCUAAGGGAAAUUCAGCUUAUGUGGAUCCUUUCAAGACAGAAGAGGACAUCAAGAAAAUAAUGAUCUCAGAUCUCCAGACUCUAGGGAUCAAAAAAGCUAUGGAAGUAAAGGGUAGAGUAACAGAGUUCAAGAGUCCAAGUGAAUUUUAUAUACAGAUGAGUUCGCCAGAAGUUUUAGACCAGAUCAGUAAACUUUCUGUGAAACUGCAAGACUGUUAUGCUAACACAGUUAUUCAAGAGCAAUAUAUUGCUGUCAGAGGGGAAGUCUGCAUUGCAAGGUGUUCUUUGGAUCAGACCUGGAAUAGAGCACUGGUGAAAGAUGUUGAUAUAUUGAAAAAGAAAGCACAAGUAUUCUAUAUCGAUUAUGGGAAUGAAGAAAAUAUUCCACUCUCCUGGAUUAAAGCUCUGCACAGAGACAUUGACCUGUUGUUUCCUCCAUGUGCCAUUAAGUGUUUCUUUGCUAAUUAUGAUCCAAAAGAAAAAGGAUGGAAUGAAGGCAUUGCCGGCUUUUCUUCUCAAAUCAUGGGAAAGCACUGUUCAGUAACUGUUGUUGACGUGUUACAGGAGGAACUGAUGUUGAGUUUUGCUGUAGAUGUUGUUCUUCCAGAUUUUGGAGACUGCCUAGAUAAAGUACUUUCAGAAACGAGGUUGGAUUCAACUUCAGGAAGUAGUGACAAACAAGGACAAUCUCUAAGAGCGUCAGGAAACCAUUCUAAGAGAAGUAAAGAAAAAAUAUGUGAAGAUGAAGAAUUUCUUCACUGUGCUAAUUCAGUAGCAGAGUGUGUCUCUGUAUGUAUUGGAGAUGCAUUUUCUGGUGUGGUUUCCUGCAUUCAAAAUCCAGACGAAUUCUUCUGUCAGCAGAUACAUGGUGCCCGUCAACUUGCUGAGCUUCAAGUGUCUCUUAACAAACAUUGUGACGAAUUUCCCAGUAGUCCAGCUUUCCGUCCUGCUGCUGGAAAUGUGUGCUGUGCUCAAUUCACAGAAGACAAUCUUUGGUAUCGUGCUGCUGUUAUAGAAUAUGUUUCUGAAGAUUCUGUUUUGGUGGGCUAUAUAGAUUAUGGUAAUUCUGAAGUUCUUCCACUGACCAGACUUUGUCCUAUGAUUCCAAGAUUAAUGGACUUGCCAGCUCAAGCCAUCAGAUGUACCUUGGCAGGUGUAAAGCCACCGUUAGGAGCAUGGACCUCAAAAGCUAUUUCUUUUAUGAAACAACUGGUGAAAGACAAAGUGUUCACAGUAAAAGUAGUGGAUAAAGAGGGUUAUAGAUCUGUGGUGGAUCUUGUAGAUGCAUCAGUUACUCCAGUAAUAAAUGUAUCGAGCCGUCUCAUAGAGAAAGGCUGUGCAGCUGAGGAAUUGAGGAUGGCCUUACCAGCAAUUGGAAUGACUGACGUUAAGCAAGCAAAUGAGGACAAAAUGAACAAAAGAAUUUGCAAGUGGAGUAAAUUAACUCUUCAACAAACAGUAGAUGUCGUAGUGUGUACACUGUACAGUCCUGGAGAAUUCUACUGUCAGAUUUCAAAUAAUGAUGAGUUACUCGCUCUAAAGUUACUUAACAAAUCAUUGUCUGAAUACUGUCAGAAAACUCCACCAAAUGUUUUUAAGCCUGAGAAUGGAGAACCUUGCUGUGCUUUUUUUUCUGGUGAUGGUAACUGGUACCGUGCUUUGGUGCAAAAUGUUACUUCAGAUGGAGCUGUUAAAGUAUGCUUUGUGGACUACGGAAACGUUGAGGAAGUACCACUGUAUAAAAUCCGGCACAUCUCAUCCUCAUUCCUAAAACUUCCAUUUCAAGGAAUUAAAUGCUGGCUCUCAGGUAUAAAGCCUGGUAAGAGCAAAUGGAUUCCCGAAGCUACAGCAAGAUUUCACAUGUACACUGCAGGGAUAAAGCUUCAAGCCAGAGUAACUUCCGUUUCCAGAGAUGGGGCAGGUGUAGAGCUUAUUGACAAUUCAACAGGCCAUCCAAAAAUUAUCAAUGAGAUACUAACUUCUGAAAAAUUGGCGGUAAAAGAAGUUUUACAAGAUAAAAAUAACUUUCCAAACAAGUCUGUUGACAAAAAAGAAACCUCACUUGGGCGCUGGAAGCUAAUUGAAUUGGCUAUAGAUGAAACCGUAUCUGUCUGUGUAACAGAAGUUGUAAGUCCAGACUUGUUCUAUGCUGUACCCGUUCAGACUAAAGAUCAAGAGAAGCUACACAGGCAGUUGAUUGAACUAGAAGGCUAUUGUAAAUCUUGUAAGAACCAGCCCUUCAAACCUAAACCGGGUGAAGCCUGUUGUGCCAGGUUUUCAGGUGAUGGCCAUUGGUACAGAGCUCUUGUUCUACAAGCUUCUCAGUCUGCAGUGAAAGUACUAUAUGCAGACUAUGGGAACACAGAAACAUUACCGCUUUCAAAGGUGCUGCCAAUCACUGAUUCCUACUUAAAGCUGCCUUUUCAGACAAUCGCAUGUUCGCUUGCAGGAAUAGAGAAAGCUGAGUGGUCUCCAUUAUUACUUGACAAGUUGAAAGAAAUGUUAUUGAAUAAAUACGUCACAAUUACACUGAAAGGGAUUAAUGGAAAUGUUAAUGUAGUAACAGUGGAGAAACUUUGUGAAUAUGGUAGUCUGAAUGUAGCUGAGAAACUGGUAAUGGAAGGUUUGGUCAAAGCCAGCAGGGCUGAAAACUUGCACACUGAACAUCAAGGCAAUGGAGGCGAGACCAAAUGCUGCUGCACGGAAUUAAAAAUGCAACUUAAAAAGCAUGAACAGAUCCUGCUCUUCCUUUUAAACAAGUAUGGAAAUCCAGAUGAAUUCACUGAAAUGAAAAAACUGCUGGACCACUAAGCCUCUGACAUGUGCCGUUUCAUUUGUGUGUAUACCGGGUUGCUGCAGCUCCUUUUUUUUUUUUUGGAAGAGCAAGUAUAUUCAUCGGCUUAAAAAUGAGAUUCACUUUGUAGAAAAUUUGCAGUUUAAGUACCUGUAUUUAUCUGUAUGCUUGCAUUGUUACUGUGAAAUGAGUAUGUAACUUGAAGAUUUCAAAACUGCAAGCUAAAUUUUCUUGUCUUGGAAUGCAUAUAGGUAGUUCUCUCUAAAAUCAGUAAACACUUAAACGCACGUAGUUCUUUAUUACACUUAUUUACACUUUAUUUACACUGUGUAAUAUGUAUUAGAGCUGUUUUGUCCGUAGCUACAUUGUCAGGAUUUCUACCCCAUCAAGUUUUUUCACAUCAUAAGGGAAACAUCACAAUAGAGAAGUCCCACUCUGGGAUAUGAUAAAGUACUGAAUCAAAUCAUUAACAUAUUUUUGGUAUUUCUCUAAAAUGUAGCUGGUACCUACUUGUCAUUUCUGACUAAUCGGGUGGCAACGUUACUAAGGAAUGCCAAAUUAUUGUUCAUAGAGCACAUUAAACAUUUGCUUAUUGAAAUUUCAGGGUCAGUUUUUUUUUGUCCACAUGAGGUAUAUAUUUUAAGUUUGAGCUUUGUACAAAUAGGAAGGAUCCUGAAGAUUAAACCUAUUGUGGAAGUGAAAUACUUUUGUUUGACUUAAGUGUAAUAAAACAUUAAGUUGCCUCAGAUUUAUUUUUUUUCUUUUUUUUUUUUUUUCCUGCCCCUUGGGUUUUGUUGCACCCUAUUCUUGCAGUAUCUAAUAAUUAAACUCUUGCACUCGGGUCUCUAGAGUUCUUUUUGUGCCUCCAGUUCUGAACCAAGAUUGUGGCUCUCAAGUAUCCUCUGACUGCCUGGGACAAGUGUGACUCUCACAAGCAUUUGCCCACAUGUAAAACAACUUGCCAGUGCUUUAGCCCUCCCACAGUUUUUGUUCGCUCUUCCACAUACUGCCUCUCCUAGCACUAGUCAUUGCUUUUCAGAAGAUGACUUGACUACAGCAGUCAAAGUAGUCGCUUUGUCUACACUUGACAUGCAGGAGAAAGGAAAAGUGAAUCCUUGCUUGUUAUACUCGGGCAAAAACCAGUGUAAAGCAGUGGUUGGUGUUUUACCUGGAGAUGUACGUAUGGUGCAGCACAAAGGUAUCUGGCAGUAAUCCUUCUAGACAGCAGAAGGAAACAGACUUCUUAUGG